AUGGCGAAUAAUGUAUCGGCGGUUCGCGAAAUCCUCACCCAGGUCGCCCAAUCCACGAGGGUGGCCAUGCGCUUUCUGAACACCGGGCGUGAUCUGCACGACUCUUCAUUGAGGGCUUUGUCUUUGCUCACCGACAUACUCGACCUUUUAUAUCGUAUCAAGGAUGAAAUAAGUUGGACAGAGGAAAAAGGGUUCGUCGCUGUCGGUCGCCUCAGGGCUCUCGCCGAGCUGCUCGGAUGGUUUGGAUUGAGCAUGAAGUCUGUUGAGCUCUAUUUCCAACCUGGGGGCGUUAGCGUUUUCUACUUCAGGAAGCACUUAUUGGAAAAAACAUAUAUUCCAAGGUUGGAACAAUACAAGAUUAUGUUCCUUUUGUCGAUGCAACCUGAGUCAGAAGAGCGAAUGUUAUUAGACAAUGAGAUAAGGAAGGAUCUGAAAAAACACCGGGAUGUUGAAACAGCCAAUGUCCAGAUCGAUCAACAAUUCGAGGAAAAUGCGCUGUCAUUAACAAGCCGACUAUCUUCGGAACACUACAUUACACUCGCGGACCUAUGUAACAAGCGACAACAAGGAAGUUGCUUAUGGGUUUUUGAGAACCAACAUUUCAAACAAUGGCUGCUCGGUGGUUGCAGGACACUAUAUUGCAUAGGACCUGCCGGUGCUGGCAAAACGUUCCUAUCAUCGGCUAUCAUCGAUCAUCUUCAGCGAACAUUCACCUCCCCAGAUGUGGCAACUGUUUUUGUCUUCUGUCAAGAGGGAUCUGGAAAGGAACAUACACCCAUUGACAUUUUGAAGAACAUACUCGCACAGCUUGUAUAUCGCAAGCGCAGUUUGUCUUACGCAACUUCCUCUCUGUACUACUCGGAGUCUCUGAGAGAAGACAGCGCAUCCCCGAAGGCAUAUCAAAAUGCGAUCCGCGCCGAGGUAAACCGGUUUUCAAAGGUAUUAUUUGUUAUUGAUGGACUUGACAUGUUCUCUGACAAAGAGCGCAUAUUGGGUCGAUUGCAAAAGCUCCCUCAACAGGCUCAACUUCUUGUCACCUUGCGGGACAUGACCGGUAUCAAACCAGUUGAAAAUUCUGGAUAUAUGAGUGUCCUAGCGCCACCUGAAGAUAUUGGACUUUACACCUUGUCUCGCACACGACGUGACAGUGGCUUUAGAAAGCAUAUUGGAGUGAAGAACCCGGACCUGAAACUAGAAGAUGAGAUCAUACACGCUGUGGUUGACAGUUCUCAUGGAGUAUUCCUUCUUGCCAAGCUCCACCUCGACUUGUUAUCGCAGUACAAAGACCGCCCUGUUCUUGAAAGAGCCCUGGACUAUCUACCAGAGAACUUAAGUGAGGCCUAUGGAGAGGCAAUGAAGCAGGUUGUGAGCCUGAACCCGGCUGCGACCCGCUACAUCUAUUGGGUUCUCUAUGCACUCAGGCCAUUAACUGUCGCGGAGCUCCGAAGUGCUGUGGGUGACAGUGACACCAUUGAAGCUUCACAUCCAAUGAGUUUUGAGCAUUCUCUUCUUGUCAAAACCGCUGGGCUUUUGGCAGUAGAGGCUACGUCGGGCACAGUCCGCUUUGUCCACGGGACCGCGAAGGAGUACCUUGAUGGGUCAGCUGCUAGAGUUUUCUUUCCCAAUGCUCAGAAAGAUAUGGCAGAGGUAUGCCUCACAGCCCUCAGCCAUGAUGAUGUGGUGGAUGAGUGCUACAGGAAUAACAGUAACCCUUCUCGUCCCCCGAGGAAAGGGUUCCUGGAUUAUGCCGCUACCUACUGGGGACAUCAUUCACGACAAGUCGACGAUGAUGAGAUGACAAUUCAAGUUUUGAUAAAAACAUUCCUCAACAAACUCCUUUGGAGAAGACCUCCUCUCAACUAUUCGGCAGAAAAGGCCAAAGGCAUACCCUCGGAAAUGGGAAUAGGAAAAUAUCCUACGGACUGGAGCGGGCUUCACGUCCUUGCCUUCUUCGGUAUCCCUGGGAAAUCACAACGACUCAUUGAACAAGGGGCGAACAUAAAUGCACAGGACAACUCAUUAGGGCUGAGUCCCCUACAUUGUGCUGCCAUUCAAGGGAACGAUGAAAUGAUUGCUUUUUUGCUUGAUAGCGGCGCAAAAGAGAAUGCAGUCUCAGUCGAUGGCAGGACAGCCUUACACCUCGCGACAGAAAGAGGCCACCGAAAGUGCAUGAAGCUAUUGUUCGCUCAUCGUGCCGACUCAAAAAUUACGGAUCAAAGCGGUGCAACUUGUCUCCACGUGGCUGUGGGAACAUCAAUGGAUGAGUCCACGGUUCCCUUGCUCGUGAAACACAAGGUAGAUCUGAACUUUCAGAACACCCAGACUGGAAACACUGCGCUACACCUUGCUGUGGAAUGGAAGCGACCACGGAUCAUUUUAUUCCUCCUUGAGAAGGGCGCCAACAUUGACAUCGGUAAUAAUGAAGGACUGACCCCUCUUCAAUUAGCUGCCAACACCGAUAAUUGUGAAGCAAUUUCUUUGCUUUUGCAACGGUGCGCCCAUGUUGAAGCCCGAUCCCUUGCUGGACCCACAGCCCUGCAAUAUGCCGCGUGGAAAGGACACUGGACUGCCUUUGACCUGCUUAUCAUUGGAGGGGCCGAUAUCAAUGUCUGGAACAAACAAGGGGAAACAUUGCUCCAUGAACAAGCUCGAUACUCUAAGAGUGUUUCAAUCGCUUCCAAGCUGCUGGAAGGGGGUGCAAACAUCGAGGCUCGGACGUCUCAGGGAUACACCCCUCUCCAAUGCGCUGCCGUAGGAUUAAACAAGACAAUGUUCAAUUUUCUUCUUAGCAAGGAUGCCAAGAUUGAUGUCGAGACUGCCAAAGGCGAGACACUUCUUCACAUCACUCCUCCGGCUAACCAAGACUGUCUUGAUAUUCUCGGGACUGUACUGAAGGAAGGAAUGAGUGUAGCAGCAACAUCCAGUCAUGGCUGGACUCCUCUUCACCAAACUGUUUAUACAGGGACCGGAGCUCCUGACCUUGCGUCUGAUAGAACUGCCGAGUAUAUCCAGCUUCUCCUCAGCCACGGUGCUUCAGUUAACGAUUGCUCGACUUCCAAAUCAGCCGAGACUCCUCUCCAUCUUGCAGUAAUGGCACCUCUUCCGCGUCCAUCUCUCAUUGAACUCCUAAUUCAACUGGGAGCAAACAUAAACGCUACCACCAACGAAGGAAAGACGGCGCUUCAUCUAGCAGCAGAACGAGGACGAGAGCCAAUUUUCCGCAUUUUGCUUGAUGCUGGUGCGGAUUUGACCGUUAAAAUCCCAACCGAGAACACUAGUCUCAUGAGCGGUGAAUCAAAAGAAACUCCAAUCACAGCUUUCGAGGUAGCAAAGAAAAACCCAUUCGGAUCUUUGUGGUUUGACGAUGAUGGGAAGUUACGUCCAAGACGACAGAGAAGUGGAAGAGACAGUGCAACGACCGUGUUUGAGGAUAUGGGAUCUGAAAUCUGCGAGUCAGACAUAGCUAGGACUAGGUCUGAAAUCGCUUGCUCCGACACAGGCGAUUCCGUAACUUUAGUGGGCAGUGAGAACACUUAUUCAUUCUCAUGA